CGCUCUCUGCUUGAACUUUCUUCGUAGGUGUGCUUUCUCUCCUCGGGGCUGAGGAGGAGCGUCCUCGGCCUCCUCCUCGCCUCCGGGUCCCCGGGUCUCCCGGGUUCCCUGGGGCGGGUUAGCGCGGCGCGGGCGGGUGCGCAGUGCUGGGUGUGCUGCAGCUGUGCGCGCGGGGGCGCUGCGCCGUCCGGGCGGCGCCGGGAUUGCGGGAGUGCCGGAGCUCGCCAGCCGAGGCAGUACGGCUCCGCGGACUUUUUUUCAAACUCCCAUCAAUGAGACUUCGAGGAGGAGUGGGAGGCGGCGGCGGACGCGGAGGCAGGCUAGGAGGAGCCGGAGGAGCUGGAGGAAGGAGCGCGAGUCGCGCGGCGCGCCGGAGCCUCGGAGAGCUGCCCACCCGCCGGCAGUAGGGGCGGUCCAGCCCCCUCUCGCCUUUCGGUUCCCUCCCCUGCCUGGCCCGCCCCGCCCCGGCCGGACCGAGACCCUGCACACGGCAGCACGCGGCGCGUCGCCAAGUUGGGAUGGGGGUUCGCAGCCACCGCCCAGCGCCCGAGAGGCCACCUGCGUGCUAGAGGCAAACUUUUGUCUCCCUCGGGCUGCCACCCAGGACUAUGAGCGGCUAAGAUGGAGACGUCCACGUCAGCCACUGCCGCGGAGAAGAAAGAAGCCGAAAGUGGGAUCCUGGAGGGCGCUGCUUUUCCCGACCCGGGCAGGAAGGCCUCUGCUCUGGCGGUGGCUACGGUGGCGGCGGCUGCGGCGGCAGCUGCCCAAGGAGUGCCGCAGCACCUUUUGCCACCGUUCCAUGCUCCCUUACCGAUUGACAUGAGACACCAGGAAGGAAGGUACCAUUACGAGCCUCACUCUGUCCAUGGCAUGCACGGGCCUCCUGCCCUGAGCGGCAGCCCUGUCAUCUCUGAUAUCUCAUUGAUCCGGCUUUCUCCACACCCCGCUGGCCCUGGGGAGUCUCCCUUCAAUGCCCCCCACCCGUAUGUGAGCCCCCACAUGGAGCAUUACCUUCGCGCCAUGCACAGCAGCCCCACGCUCCCCACGAUCUCUGCGUCCAGGGGCCUCAGCCCCGCUGAUGUGGCCCAUGAGCACCUUAAGGAGAGGGGACUGUUUGGCCUCCCACCUACGGGCACCAACCCCUCAGACUAUUACCACCAGAUGACCUUCAUGGCGGGCCAUCCCACACCAUAUGGGGACCUGCUGAUGCAGCCUGGGGGUGCCACUGGUGCACCCCAUCUCCAUGACUACCUCAAUCCAGUGGAUGUGUCACGUUUCUCCAGCCCACGGGUGACACCGCGCCUGAGCCGAAAGCGAGCGCUGUCCAUCUCCCCACUCUCGGACGCCAGCCUCGACCUACAAAGGAUGAUCCGGACCUCGCCCAACUCACUGGUGGCCUACAUCAACAACUCGCGCAGCAGCUCAGCAGCCAGUGGCUCCUACGGGCACCUGUCGGCGGGCACUCUCAGCCCAGCCUUCACCUUCCCCCAUCCCAUCAACCCCGUGGCCUACCAGCAGAUCCUGAGCCAGCAGAGGGGCCUAGGCUCGGCCUUCGGACACACGCCACCCCUGAUCCAGCCCUCACCCACCUUCCUGGCCCAGCAGCCUAUAGCCCUCACCUCCAUCAAUGCCACGCCCACUCAGAUCAGCAGCAGCAGCAGCAACUGUCUGAGUGACACCAACCAGAACAAGCAGAACAGCGAGUCGGCUGUGAGCAGCACCGUCAACCCUAUCGUCAUUCAUAAGCGCAGCAAGGUCAAGACUGAGGCUGAGGGCCUGCGGCCAGCCUCCCCAUUGACUCUGACACAGGAGCAGCUGGCUGACCUCAAGGAAGACCUAGACAGGGACGACUGUAAGCAGGAGGCCGAGGUGGUCAUCUAUGAGACCAACUGCCACUGGGAGGACUGCACCAAGGAGUACGACACCCAGGAGCAGCUGGUGCAUCACAUCAACAAUGAGCACAUCCACGGGGAGAAGAAGGAGUUUGUGUGCCGCUGGCAGGCCUGCACACGGGAGCAGAAGCCCUUCAAGGCGCAGUACAUGCUGGUGGUGCACAUGCGCCGGCACACAGGCGAGAAGCCCCACAAGUGCACAUUUGAGGGCUGCUCGAAGGCCUACUCUCGCCUGGAGAACCUGAAGACGCAUCUGCGAUCCCACACUGGGGAGAAGCCAUACGUGUGUGAGCACGAGGGCUGCAACAAGGCCUUCUCCAACGCCUCCGACCGUGCCAAGCACCAGAACCGCACCCACUCCAAUGAGGUACCCGAGUGGGGUGUGCACAGGAAACCCUAUAUCUGCAAGAUCCCAGGCUGUACCAAGCGAUACACGGACCCAAGUUCUCUCCGGAAGCAUGUGAAAACAGUGCACGGCCCAGAUGCUCAUGUCACCAAGAAGCAGCGCAACGAUGUGCACCUCCGGGCCCCGCUGCUCAAGGAGAAUGGGGACAAUGAGGCCAGCACCGAGCCCAGUGGCCGGGGCUCUGAGGAGAGUGCUGAGGCCAGCAGCACCAGCCAGGCCAUGGAGGACUGCCUUCACGUCAAAGCCAUCAAGACCGAGAGCUCCGGGCUGUGUCAGUCCAGCCCUGGGGCCCAGUCGUCCUGCAGCAGCGAGCCCUCUCCCUUGGGCAGUGCCCCCAACAAUGACAGCGGUGUGGACAUGCCUGGGAGCCUGGGAGACCUGACAGCUCUAGAUGACACGCCCCCGGGGGCCGACACUUCAGCCCUGGCCAACCCCUCCACUGGUGGCCUGCAGCUGCGCCAACACCUGACCGCCAUGCACCGGUUAGAGCAGCUCAAAAAGGAGAAGCUCAAGUCACUCAAGGAUUCCUGCUCAUGGGCCGGGCCGGCUCCACACACCCGGAACACCAAGCUGCCUCCCCUCCCGGGAAGUGGCUCCAUCCUGGAAAACUUCAGCAGCGGCGGGGGCGGCAGGCCGGUAGGACUGCUGCCAAACCCACGGCUGUCGGAGCUGUCUGCAGGCGAGGUGACCAUGUUGAGCCACCUACAAGAGCGCCGCGACAGCUCCACCAGCACGGUCAGCUCGGCCUACACAGUGAGUCGCCGCUCCUCCGGCAUCUCGCCGUACUUCUCCAGCCGCCGCUCCAGCGAGGCCUCACCUCUGGGCGCAGGUCGCCCGCAUCAUGCCAGCUCUGCCGACUCCUACGACCCCAUCUCCACCGAUGCGUCACGGCGCUCAAGUGAGGCCAGCCAGUGCAGCGGAGGCGGCGCAGGGCCGCUCAGCCUGACUCCGGCGCAGCAGUACAGCCUGCGGGCCAAGUAUGCAGCGGCCACAGGCGCGCCGCCCCCCACGCCGCUGCCAGGCCUGGAGCGCGGGAGUCUACGGGCCCGGCUGGCACUGCUGGAUAUGCCCGAGCGUGCCUUGGGACCCCGGAGAGGCAGCGGCGGGCCGGUCUAUGGCCAUGCGGGGCCUGCGCCCGCCUUCCCUCACGAGGCUCCGGGAGGCGGGGCGCGGCGGGCCAGCGACCCAGUGAGGCGGCCCGACGCCCUGGCUCCCCCACGGGUGCAGCGCUUCCACAGUGCCCACGAUGUGAACCCCACACCGCUGCCACUCUGUGCCCCCGAGAGGCGCAGCCUCCGCCUGCAGGGUCCCAUUAGCACCGACGGCAGCCUGACCCGCAGUGUCUACUCCCCCCGGCCGCCCAGCAUCAGCGAGAACACGGUGAUGGAGGCCAUGGUGGCAGGGACAGACAGUGCAGGGCCUGAGGGCAACCUCGUGCUGCCCGAGGACGACCUUGUGCUGCCCGAUGACGUGGUGCAGUACAUCAAGGCGCAUGCCAGUGGCGCCUUGGAUGAGAGUGCCCCGCAGGUAUAUCCUCCGGAAAGCACUUGCUUCUCUGAGCACUCCAAAUUGCCUAGCCCGGGGCUGCACGGCCAGCGCAGGAUGGUGGCUCCGGACUCCAACAUGGGCCCCUCUGCCCCGGUGCUGGGAGACUGCCAGCUGGGCUAUGCGGCCUCCUCUAGCCUAAACAAAAACAGCAUGCCUGUGCAGUGGAAUGAGGUGAGCUCGGGCACCAUGGACGUCCUGGCCACGCAGGUGAAGCCUCCAGCUUUUCCACAGGGCAACCUGGCUGUGGUACAGCAGAAGCCAACCUUCAGCCAGUACCCAGGUUAUAGUCCACAAGGCCUGCAGCCGAGCCCUGGGGUCCUGGAGAGCACACAGCCACACCUUCAGUCUUGCAGUGGAGCCCCCUCCACAUCCAGGGUAAAUUAUAUGCAGCAGCUGCGGCAGCCAGGAACAGGUGGCCAGUGUUCCAGUAUGACCACCACGGUGAGCCCUCAUACCACCUACGGCCAAGCCCACCCCCAGCUGAGCUCCAGUGCCAUGGGUAGGGCCCUGAACCAGUUCCCCCCAUCUUGCAGCAACCUGUCAGCCAAGCCAGGCCACCUGGGGCUCCCCCAGCAAAUGGAAGUUGCUCCCGACCCUACCAUGGUGGGUAGCAGCCGCAGGGAAUUUGGGGUUCCCAAUUCCACACUGGCUGGGAUGGUGCCAUCUCACCCAGCCCAGAACUACCCACAGCAGAGCCAUCACCUGACAGCCUCCAUGAACCAGGAGGGCUACCGCCAGGGCCCCAGCCAUCUGCCUUCCCACCAGCCUGGCUUCAUGGAGCUCCAGCAGGGCACAGUUGGGCUGGCUGGAUCAAGCUUUGGCCUAGUGCAACCCCGGCCACCCCCUGAGCCCAGCCCUGCUGGCCGCCACCGUGCGGUACGUGCUGGGCAGCAGCUCGCCUAUGCCAGGGCUACUGGCCAUGCCAUGGCUGCUGUGUCAGCCAACCAGGAGAUGGCAGAGUCUGUGCCCAAGGGAGCGAUGGCCACCAUGGUGUCUCUGCCUUCUCAGCUGCCCCCACAGGACCCAGGUGAGGCCCAGGACCACAACAUGCUCUACUACUAUGGCCAGAUCCACAUGUAUGAACAGAAUGGAGGCCUAGAAAACCACGUAGGCUGCCAGGUCAUGAGGCCCCAGCCACCGCAGCCACAGGCCUGCUCAGAAAGCAUCCAGUCUCAGCCCUUGCCCUCACCAGGGGUCAACCAGGUAUCCAGCACUGUGGACUCCCAGCUCCUGGAGGCCGCCCAGAUUGAUUUUGAUGCCAUCAUGGAUGACGGCGAUCACGCCAGCUUGCUGUCGGGCACCCUGAGCCCCAGCCUCCUCCACAGCCUCUCCCAGAACUCCUCCCGCCUCACUACCCCCCGGAACUCCCUGACUCUGCCCUCCAUCCCCACGGGCAUCAGCAAUAUGGCCGUCGGGGACAUGAGCUCUAUGCUCACCAGCCUGGCCGAGGAGAGCAAGUUCCUGAACAUGAUGACCUAAGGCCCCAGCCCCUGGUGCUGAGUGGACCCAGAGGAACCAUCCAUUCCCAGAGCAUAGGACUGUUGUCCCUUUCAUCUUUUUCCAAAAUAGUAUUAAUAGGUCCGAGGGAGUUUGCCAAUUGCUGGUUCAGACCAGAAAUGCUUUAAGGGCAAGUUUAUGUGCAUCUUGUCUGGCCUUCUUUUGGAUUAUUUUUCAGAACACUGAAAAAAAUCUCAACAAGAAAAACUUGUUUACACAGUGCUUCCCACUUAUGGUGUUUAUAGGACCACUUUGCUCUGGCUCCUUUGCCUCUGUCAUUUGGCUAAUGAGGGAUUGCCUUGGCUAGGGCUUUCCAAGUACACAAGGAGAGAGGGUAGAAGAACCACAUUUGGGUUUGGAUCUGAAAGCCAUAAUGGAUAUUCUAAUCCAGGAAGAUAAGCUUCUCGUUCCAAUGCCUACAAGGAAAAGGAAUUGCUGGGCCACCAGAAUUCUUUGAAGCUUAAUUCUUGAGGCCUCUAACGUCCCUUGCCACAGAGGAAAAAAAAGAUUUUACCUAGAUGAUUUGGAAGCACAUCCUGAUUCCAGGUUUGGUAGAACUGACAUCUCUACCCUACAAAGCCAAGUUUGCAACUGGCAGACUGUCCAAGUGUACAUGAAUGAAUAAAGUAUGGGGGUAUUACCAGAAUAAGGAAAGAAAAAAUUGUAAUACUAGGGGCAUGCCCAAAAGCUACCCUGGCCUCUCCAGACCAUGUUUACAGUGUUCAUGCAUGUAGAAUGUAGCCCUUCCUGAAAAGGACACUUAUUUCUAAAUACCUCGGGGCUGCUGGAGCUGCUGUGGGUUAGGGAUGGACCAAGGGGAGCCAAAUGUGGGAUGAGACCUCAAAAAGGUUAGAGUGCACGAGGUUCAGCCUCAGGCCACCCUGGAGGUUUCCUGUAGGAAGAGGAAGUCACAUGUUUACCCAAUCCUGUUUUUCCAAUGCACUGUCCACCCACUUUACCACGGGAAACCCCAGGGCCCAGUAGCAGCCUCUGCUUAUGUUCUUCCAGGCCAUGCCCUCCACUCACCGGCAGCCCAGUGGUCUACUCCAAGCUGCAGCAUGCAGUUCUAGUAUCUUCUGGGUUCCCAUCCUUCUGCUCUCGUUCAUUUCAGAGAAUGAUGGCAUGCAUGGUGUUUUCGCUGAAGGCAAGAGGGCAAAGGAGUUGAUUCCUGGGACUCAAGGACCAUCACUGAACUUUCCUGUUUGGUGUGACCAAGCCCCAUCCCCAAAUAGAAUUUGGAACUGGUGUCAGAAGACAUCAUUUCUUAACAUACUAUAGGUGAACUGGUGCAUCUUCCCCACUACACACACACAAAUACACACACCCUCACCCCUUUUCCAUGUGGAAUUUGUGGCAACCUUGCCAAAACCAACUGUACCACUAUGAGCUUGAUACUGACUAUCAAGGCAAGACAGGGCCAUCACCUUACCUGGGCCCUUUGCAUCCCAGAACAUCAAAUGCUAUGUUAGGGUCCAAAGUCAAGACCAAGUCCAAAUAACGGCCUUGGGGCAAGUCCAGGGGUCUGGGCUCUGUGGUGGUCAUUUACUCCCUGAGCUAGGAUUUCACUAGCCAUUCCCACACUGUAUAUAGUCUGUACAGAAGACAUCAUCCCUGAAAAUAUGCUAGGUGAAUCAUCCAGCCGAAUUUGUAUCUCCAAAGCAUUUUUAGCUUUUUCUACAUGCUAUGAAUUGAGAUGACAUGCUCAACUUGUAAAUAAGUCUUUUUGUACAUUAAAAAAAAGUAAUUUUUUCAUAAUUUA